UUCUGUUUGUUCUUCCAUUCACGUCUUGUCUUGCCCAUGCGCAGACACCUCUCUGAAUCACGACGCUUCUGACGCCGAAAAGGCCGAAGUUCAGUCUACCCGACAUACUCCGUCAGGGCGGUCCAGCAGAUGAGGCGCUGCACUCGUCAGAAGAACGAGGUGACAUUUAUUUGGGCUGGCAUUGUCGCACUGUCUUCGCCAAGCGAUUACCUCGCCUCUUGACUUGGAUCUGCAACCUUUGGACAGUCGUAACUGAAGCCACCUAAUCGCGAGCUUGCCCUCGUUUCUUCGUCAGCGCUGCCAUUUCCUGAGGGAAAGUCUAACACAUCAUAUCACUGCACCUUGCCACCCUACAAUCGCCAUCUUCAACCCUCUUCAUCUACGAUCCCUAAGUCUGCCAAUUCCUGAUGGUGCGCAUUCUGCCCUUUCUGAUGGUCGCGAUGACGAUCCUCUUGCCCGGCGCUUCGGUAGCUGAACAAUCUCCACGGUAUCGAGUCAAUCUGCAAACGGGCGAAUUGCACGGAAAUGUCCGCAUAGUACAUUCAUACAAUGCGCCCCUUGCAUUGUCCAGCGUGCUCUGGGUCCAAGCGGUCUGGGCCAAAGCUUGCGUGAAGAAGAUCAAGGACAGCGGUGACAAAGUCCUGAUCCUCCCUUCUACGAAUAGCCAGAGGGGUGACAGCACCGUCGUCACCGUCGCAUGCCAGGCCCUCUCGGCGGACGAUCAGUACUUGAUCGAUUACUCGGACAAGGUUGCAGAAGAUCUGAAAUGGAGCAAAUUUCACAAGAAAGGCCACCAGUAGGCACACAGGGUCGCACUCGCUCGCACAACGUCGAGGAAAUCUGUCAAACAUCCACGA